AUGGAAGAUAUUCAAAUCACUACAGUAGAAAGUGAGACUGGCAGGAAGUUAGUAUGAGUUUGAGUCUAUGUAGGGUAAAUAUUCGAUGAGAUCAAUGGCUUUGCCGAAGAUUUCAAUUGCGAAGUAACUGCCGUAUUUGAGUGGAUUGGAUGAUGUGAGUAUGCCCAAACGCUAUAACAGACAAUAUUACAAGAUCCAAUAACCAACCAAAGAGAAGGAUCUCAUUAAUGAUGUUAAUUGAAUUCAAUAUAUUAUGUAGAAGGAGGUCUUUGCGAGUCUGACAUAUAAUAAUGAGGAACCUUAUGAGGAUCGUAAGCCCAAGGAGUUGGUUGGCGAGGAUGCUUACAGAUCCUAUUACCAUACAUUUAAAAAUAUUAAGAGAAUUUUGGAACAGAACUAAUUCGAGAAUAUUUAAAGUAUUCAUAGAUUAUAAUUGUUAAAUAGACUCUGUAUAGACUAAUUUGAUAUAGAGAUCUGAACGAUUACGAAUUUUGCCAUGUAAAAUGGGUUUGAUCAAACUCAAGGGCGAUCGCAAUUCACUUUCUAUACAGAACUAAAAAUUUGGAGAUAAAUAUGUGGAGAUGCUUUCUGAAGGACUUCGGAUUCUACCAGCUAUUCAGGAUUUCAAUUUUAAUCAUAAUCGAAUUAAAGAGCAUGGGGCUUCAUAAUUAAUGCCUUUGAUUAGCAAAUAAGCAAGGAAGAUUGAAUUUUAAACAAAUAUGAUUGGAGAAAAAGGUUUGGACUCAAUUUUGAAGAUAUUACCUUUACAAUAAUGCAAGUAAAUUGAAAUGCAAUAUAAAGGAUUCAGGUUUUAAAUUUGGAAGACAAUAAUUUGGGAGAUCAACUAAUUAUUGAAUUAUGUAAAGCAUUGAGCAAGAAUCUCUCAGUUGAGACUUUGAACAUUUCCAAAAAUAAGAUAACAAAUAAUGCACAUUAAAGUUUGAAACAGUUGAUAGAAUCCAACGAUACUCUGCUUGAAUUAUAUUUGCGUUGGAAUUCAAUUAAAGGUUCCGGUGGUGUAGAGAUAUUCAAAGCAUUAUAAACUAAUAAAAAUAUCAAAGUUUUGGAUUUCUCAUACAAUUUGUUAGGAUGUGGAAAUGUGAUAGCUCCAGCUCUGAAGGAUUUCAUUAUUGAGAAUAAAUCAAUUCAACACUUGGAUCUAUCUGCCAACAGUUUCACAUUCUCAGAUUGCACUAUGAUAUCAGAGGCUCUGAAGUAGAAUCACUCGAUUUAUGGGUUUCAUUUCAGGGGGAACUUUGGAUUUGUAGAUUCUAAGGGGUUUUUAAUAAUUGAUUCGAGCAUGAAGAAUUUCAACUCAAUUCAUAUCGAGUAAAGAAUUAAAGGAGUUAUGCCUCAUCCAAAACCUUAUGAUCAUGCAUCAAGAUUUGAGAAAGUAAAGGAUGUCUGUUGGAUUUGUGAUCGUUGGUAGAUGGCCACAUUCGAAUGGAUUCCAAGUAUGAUAUAACAUUUAUGAGAUAGAUUAAAGUGGAGCUUGUUCUGAGGAACCAAUUUUCAUUCAUUUCGAUUACGAAGGUUAUGAACCUAUCUUUUUAGGGAAACCUGAUGGACACGGUCAUUUCAGAACUCAUAGAAUGAUUCCAACUGGAGAUAUUGAGUACUUUUAUACUGCCAAUGCUAUCUAAGUAGCAAGUCAAUCUGUUCCUAUAAAAUAACACAUCGAGAAAUUCAGAACUAAAGUUAGCAUAGCCGAUUAGGUUCUCAAUCUCAUCAUCAUUAGGUUGUGAAUGUGUUGAUUGAUGAAACCAAUAUAGAAUCAUAUCCUAAAUCGAAACCUGUUAUUGAAGAUUGGUAUCCUAAUUUUGAUGUUUUACCAAGAACGUAAGAUCCAAUCUACAUCCCUGCCAGAAGAAAAAAGUAAAAAAGAAUUUGGACAUAUCCGAUCUCUAUAUGGGCUCCUAAGUAUAAAUUUGACACUGAGGAUUUAUUGCGUAAAUGCUUUGAAAGAGAUUGGUAAUGUUGCAAAAUUUCUAAGUUUGUUAAAAAGUAAGAAGAACAGGAUUAGGUUAAAGAACUAUUAUGGUAAGCAUAUAAACCAAUGAGAGAAACCUAUAGAUUUUAUUCUAGUGUUAAUCCAACAGGUGAUGUAUUUUCAAUGUCUGUAAAUCCAACAUCUGAUUUUGUUAAUCAAUGUCAACUGAUUGAUUAGAAGCAAUUGAAAUUGGCUGAUGUGGAUCUUAAAUUUAUUGCAACUUGUAGUGCUUCUUCAAUUGAUUACAAGGGUAAUUAUAGAAAUCCGGAGAGGUCAUUGGUUAGAUACCAGAUGAUGGAAUUCUUAGUGAGAGUCUCAGAUGAUAAAUACAUUAGAUUCAAUCCCUAAAUCAACAUUGUCUAAGCUACUAAAAUGAUAUUAGAAUAAUGUAUGCCACACAUGUCCUAAUUUGAUUCUCAUAAAUGGAGAGCAGAGAGAUACUUCGUAGAAUAAUGUGACGAUGUAUGUAAGAAAUAUAAGUGGGUUUUUGAUUACGUUUAUAUGAGAAAUUCAUCCAGAAAGGUGAAGCCAGGUCAAGCACCUUUUAUGUGUUUGGAUGAACUUAAGGAUAUUUGCAAUAGAGCAAAUUUGUAUGAUGAAAACUUUGUUGAAAGGGAUGUAAAUCUAGCAUUCAAUUUAUCUACUCUUACAUAAAUUGAUGAAUUAGAAAGCGAUAGAUUAUUUUAAAUGUAAUGGAUCGAGUUUAUGGAAGCCAUAGCAAGGAUUGCAGAUAAAUACUCUCCUAUUGCUAUAGGAAAGAAGGAAGAAGUAUUUAUUAUUUUGAUAAAGCUAGAAAGAAUGGACUUAUGAAUUGAGAUAGCAGUAACCACUAUAUUACAAAUUAGAAGCUUUCAUGGUGCAUUUAAUAAAUACCUUAGUUGAUGAAGAAACCAAAAAGAAUUGGAAAUAACCUACGAUUUCUAUGUUUGAUGAAGUUGAAGAAGAUGAAUAUUAUUGAAAUAUGUAAUGUUUGUU